CCCACACCUCCAAACCCUGCACCACCCAGACCCACACCUCCAAACCCUGCACCACCCAGACCCACACCUCCAAACCCUGCACCACCCAGUCCUGCACCUGUAAAUCCUGCACCACCCAGCCCUGCACCUCCAAACCCGGCACCACCCAGACCCACACCUCCAAACUCUGCACCACCCAGCCCUGCACCUGUAAAUCCUGCACCACCCAGCCCUGCACCUGUAAAUCCUGCACCACCCAGCCCUGCACCUGUAAAUCCUGCACCACCCAGCCCUGCACCUGUAGAUCCUGCACCACCCAGCCCUGCACCUCCAAACCCUGCACCACCCAGCCCUGCACCUGUAGAUCCUGCACCACCCAGCCCUGCACCUGUAGAUCCUGCACCACCCAGCCCUGCACCUCCAAAUCCUGCACCACCCAGCCCUGCACCUCCAAAUCCUGCACCACCCAGACCCACACCUCCAAACCCUGCACCACCCAGACCCACACCUCCAAACUCUGCACCACCCAGCCCUGCACCCACACCUCCAAACCCUGCACCACCCAGACCCACACCUCCAAACCCUGCACCACCCAGUCCUGCACCUGUAAAUCCUGCACCACCCAGCCCUGCACCUCCAAACCCGGCACCACCCAGACCCACACCUCCAAACUCUGCACCACCCAGCCCUGCACCUGUAAAUCCUGCACCACCCAGCCCUGCACCUGUAAAUCCUGCACCACCCAGCCCUGCACCUGUAAAUCCUGCACCACCCAGCCCUGCACCUGUAGAUCCUGCACCACCCAGCCCUGCACCUCCAAACCCUGCACCACCCAGCCCUGCACCUGUAGAUCCUGCACCACCCAGCCCUGCACCUGUAGAUCCUGCACCACCCAGCCCUGCACCUCCAAAUCCUGCACCACCCAGCCCUGCACCUCCAAAUCCUGCACCACCCAGACCCACACCUCCAAACCCUGCACCACCCAGACCCACACCUCCAAACUCUGCACCACCCAGCCCUGCACCUUUAAAUCCUGCACCACCCAAUCCUGCUCCACCCAGCCCUGCACCUCCAAACACUGCACCACCCAGCCCUGCACCUGUAAAUCCUGCACCACCCAGCCCUGCACCUGUAAAUCCUGCACCACCCAGCCCUGCACCUGUAAAUCCUGCACCACCCAGCCCUGCACCUGUAAAUCCUGCACCACCCAGCCCUGCACCUGUAAAUCCUGCACCACCCAGCCCUGCACCUGUAAAUCCUACACCACCCAGCCCUGCACCUGUAGAUCCUGCACCACCCAGCCCUGCACCUGUAGAUCCUGCACCACCCAGCCCUGCACCUGUAGAUCCUGCACCACCCAGCCCUGCACCUGUAGAUCCUGCACCACCCAGCCCUGCACCUCCAAAUCCUGCACCACCCAGCCCUGCACCUCCAAAUCCUGCACCACCCAGACCCACACCUCCAAACCCUGCACCACCCAGACCCACACCUCCAAACUCUGCAACACCCAGCCCUGCACCUUUAAAUCCUGCACCACCCAGCCCUGCACCUGUAGAUCCUGCAGCACCCAGCCCUGCACCUGUAGAUCCUGCAGCACCCAGCCCUGCACCUGUAAAUCCUGCACCACCCAGACCCACACCUCCAAACCCUGCACCACCCAGACCCACACCUCCAAACUCUGCACCACCCAGCCCUGCACCUGUAAAUCCUACACCACCCAGCCCUGCACCUGUAGAUCCUGCACCACCCAGCCCUGCACCUGUAGAUCCUGCACCACCCAGCCCUGCACCUCCAAACCCUGCACCACCCAGCCCUGCACCUGUAGAUCCUGCACCACCCAAUCCUGCACCACCCAGCCCUGCACCUGUAAAUCCUGCACCACCCAGCCCUGCACCUGUAGAUCCUGCACCACCCAGUCCUGCACCUGUAGAUCCUGCACCACCCAGUCCUGCACCUGUAGAUCCUGCACCACCCAGCCCUGCACCUGUAAAUCCUGCACCACCCAGCCCUGCACCUGUAGAUCCUGCACCACCCAGCCCUGCACCUGUAGAUCCUGCACCACCCAGACCCACACCUCCAAACCCUGCACCACCCAGACCCACACCUCCAAACCCUGCACCACCCAGACCCACACCUCCAAACCCUGCACCACCCAGUCCUGCACCUGUAAAUCCUGCACCACCCAGCCCUGCACCUCCAAACCCUGCACCACCCAGACCCACACCUCCAAACUCUGCAGCACCCAGCCCUGCACCUGUAAAUCCUGCAACACCCAGUCCUGCACCUGUAAAUCCUGCACCACCCAGCCCAGCACCUCCAAACUCUGCACCACCCAGCCCUGCACCUGUAAAUCCUGCA